AGAUUCUCCGCUAACAAUAUCCUCGGAACGGAAGAUAACUGUCUUACUCUAAAUGUGUACGCGCCGAUGAAUAUAGACCGCAAGCUGCCCGUGAUGGUGUACAUUCACGGCGGUGGAUUCCGAGACGGAUCCGGCUCACCAUUCAUAUACGGACCUGAGUACUUGAUUGAACGCGAAGUUAUCCUUGUCACUCUAAAUUAUAGACUCGAAGUAAUGGGAUUCCUGUGUCUAGGAAUUAAGGAAGCUCCGGGCAAUGUCGGCCUCAAGGACCAACUGGAAGCCUUAAAGUGGGUAAAAACGAAUAUCGAAGCGUUUGGCGGAGACCCUACUUCAAUAACUUUGUUCGGCGAAAGCGCCGGCUCUGCCUCCGUUAUGUACCAUAUCCUUUCCCCGAUGUCCGCGGGGUUGUUCCAUAGAGCCAUAAUGCAGAGCGGCUCCGCGAUGUCCCCGUGGAGCUUCCAGUUUGAACCUGUGAGCACCGCCAGCGCGCUCGCCUCGCAACUCGGAUACAACACCACCGACCCAUACGAACUAUACAACAUUUUCAUCAACACACCUGCAAAAAAAUUGCUCAGCGCUCGCGUUCCGAGAGCUCGCGGCGACGUCGUGCUAUCCGAGAACAUCUUCGUGCCUUGCGCUGAGAAGAAAAUUGACGGAAGUGAUCAAUUUCUGAAUGAUACGCCAUACAACUUACUAAGACUAAGAAAGUACACCAAGUUGCCAGUUAUCGUCGGGUUUAACAGCGCCGAAGGAUACAUGUUUGUCGGUAAAGAAAACGACACGACUAUUUCCAACAUGAAUUUCAUCGAUUCUUUGCCGAGGGACUUAAGCUUUCCCACGAUGGAGGAAAAGAAAAGCGUCGCGGAUACCUUAAAUAAAAUGUAUAUGGAUAACAAGAAAAUUUCUAAGCAAAACCUAGUAAAGUUUUCUCGAUACCCGGGAGAGUCCGGGAUAACAUACCCAGUGGUGGCGACGGUGGAUCUGAUGCUGCAGAGCUCCGAGCGGCCGGUGUACGCGUACCAGUUCCGCUACUCGGGCUGGAUGAACGUCGUCAAGCAGCUAUACGGGUUCGCGGGCGCGCCGGGCGCCACGCACGCUGACGAACUCUUCUACUUGUUCAAACUCAAAGCCAAAUUAUUUCAGUCCUACCUCGAGCUGGACAUGAAGGACAAGAUGACUACAAUGUGGACAAAUUUCGCCAAAUACGGAGACCCCACGCCGGCCGACACACAAUUACUGCCCCUCAAAUGGCCGCAGACGCAAAAGAAAACUCCUCGCCUUUUAGUUAUAGACAAACAAUUCACCACCGCGCCGCUGUGGAGUGAACAAACUUUAUUGUUUUGGAAUGAAACGUAUUCUAAAUAUAGAAGAAAAAGUUAACACAUUUGAGACCACAAUACCGUUAUUAAGUGUACGAAUGGGAUUAAAAAAUAAGACAUUAGAGACUGUAUUAAUCUCGCUGCAUAUCAGCACGUCAGUAUGAGUAUGAGUUGCGGCGCGGCUGUUCUUUGCUCGUAUUAAUUUAUUUAUUAGAAAGGUACACCAAUUGCGUGUUCAAAGUAGUGCCCGUAGUCCGGAGUUUGCCAACUCAACACUGAUUUAUUGUAUUUUUUGAUAAACUUACUUAAUCAAUAAACAUUCCUAGGCCUUGA